UAGUCUUGAAACAAGCAAAAAGAAAAAUUAUUAUUGAGCAAUCCUCCAGACUGAUACAAGGUGUCAAUGCAUCUUUCGUCGUCACUGUGCGCCAAAAAUGCAGAAUAUUUCGGGUGAAGAGCACUCGGUCGUUAUUUGCCGGCGGGGAAAUUCCUGGGGAGAAGCAGGAACGGAGGAGGCUGAGACAAAGGGAUCGGAGUCCCCUGGCGGUUGGAGGGGAGAGGGAGGAACAGGAGAGAAAGGAGGAGUAAAGAGCAAGAGCAACAGGGGAAAAAGAUCGAGGAAGCAAAAUCCCCGAGAUCGACACCAGGCACGUUAUGGUUAUUAUUAUUGUUCGGAGAGACAAGAAGGGCGUGGAGAUGGCGACGUAGGAAGGCACGUAGACGGGCGAAGAUCGGCCCACGCUGGCCGGCGAUCUGGAGGGCUCCUAAGCUAUCGAUGACGCGUUAGCAUCGGAAUGGCACCGUCUGACUGGAGAAUGGAGCUUGAUCCAUCGCUUAGCUUGGGGGUCUUCGCGGCGCCUAACCAUGGAUUGCUGAGGAGCUGCAAACCUGAAA